AUGGAAAACUAUACAUACGUUCAAGCAAACCCUAGCGUCUCACUCUACACAGCAAACAAAACCACCUCCGAAGACACAGGCACCAAAGACCAAUCCCCAAACCCACCCUCUCUAAUCGCCCUCCUCCCCUGGAUGGGGGCAACCAAACGCCAAACAGAAACAUACAUCCGAGGUCACAUCAAACUCUUUUCCCCAUCUCAACCAAACUUCCUAGUCAUCUACAGCGGAAUAACAGACUUCUUGUCCCCAACGCAGGGAAACGAUCGAAGACUUCAGCCGGCCAUCACUACUCUGGCGGCAUAUGAACCCUCGAGCAUUCUCUUUCACAUCUUCUCUAAUGGCGGUGUCCGCGUCUUCGCGAACCUCGCCCGCUCGUACGGCAGUACAGCAUCCCCGAAAAGACGUCUAUGUAGCCGCAUAGUCAUUGAUAGCGCUCCCGGAAGACUCACCUUCAAGGAAACAAUGCGUGCCGUCAACUCAGCUCUUCCGCGCAACCAACCGUUAAUCAAAUGGCCGCUAUAUACGAUUCUGGCGGUGGUACUAGCCUUAUAUCUAGGGUUAAAUAAGACACUUGCGUGGCCGGAUCCGUUACAGUUUGCCGCGGAGAGUUUUAACGAUGCAGGCAUUGUGGGCAAGGAUUCGAGAAGAUGCUAUUUCUAUUCGAAGCGGGAUGGGAUUGUGCUUAGUGGGUUUGUUGAGCAACAUGCUGCGGAGGCGAGAGAAAAGGGACUUGGAAUUGUAGAGAUGGAGAUGUUUGAGAAGAGCGCGCAUACGGGGCAUGUUAUUGAGGAUGAGGAAAGAUAUUGGGGUGCGGGCCUUCUUGGCUACCAACUUCUGGGCACUAUUUUCUGCUAA